AACACUGGACCCACAUUUACCACAAUACCCUUCCAAUUCAUUUUUCCUUACACUCACCUCCCUACUCCCACAGAGAGAUUACAUCACAGCAAAGUAUACAGAGAGUCACACACAUAGACUAACCAAUCAACGUAUAUCUAUCAACUCUUCUCUCUGUCUCUUCCUCCAUCUCUUGGUGUUUCAUUUCGGUCAUGUUUUGUAGUUGUACUUAGUACUUUUCUUUUUUCAGAUUUUGGAAUCUCAAUGUUUCUUGAUCUGGGCAUCAAGUGUUUCUUCUUUAGAUCAUAGUUUAGUGUUAAAAAUCUUUGCUUUUGUCACUGUAAGAGGAAGACCUAUCUGGGUUUUGGUCUUUUUGAGUGCCUUUUGCUUUCUUUAACAAAUUCAAAGUAAUGGGUUUCUUGUUGAAGUUGCAAAUAAGGUUUGCUCAAUAUCAGAAAUAUUCUUCAUCUGUAUGAGUUUUUCUUUCGCGGGGUUAUAGAAUCAUGGGUAGAGGCAGAGGAAAAGGAAAGAAGUUGACUGUUAGCAAUCAUGAUGAUACUGGAAGUGGCGAGGAAGAGAAAAUUCCAGCACAGAAGAGAAGGGGAAGGCCACAAAAACCGCUGAAAGAUGACAUCGAUGAGGAGGAAGUUGAAAAAAUUGAAGAUGAAGAUGUAGAGAAAGGAAAAACUGACAUCACAAGCAAAGAUUCAAAAAGUCCACCGGCAGCAGAAAAUGGAAAGAAGAGGAAGCGAUAUUCACAGGCAAAGGAGAAACCAGAUUCAGUAAAGGAAGAAAAUGGUGUUGGAACCAGAUCAAGUACUGAUGACUCAACCAAGUCUAAUGGUUUUCGUCAUAAUGGAAGUAGGCGGAAAAGCAAGCCUCGUCGUGCUGCUGAAGCAGGUGUGGAAUGUAAGUGAAGCCAUUGUUGGCUUUUGCAAUGGGUCUCUUCUUUUGAUGACUUUCCAGUAAAUUAUAUAGGAAUUGAGGCCUAGUAAAAUCUCUAGUUCAUUUUGAAUUUUUUGGUUUAUUAUUUUGGUUAUCCUUUUGCCGAUUUCUUCACUUUAAUUGGGAGUUUUGUACUGCCUGUAAUUUUUAUAAUGCUAUUAUGUUUCAUACCGUC